AACGCAAAACCUAGUGAAGGAGAAGUGUUUGUUACGCUUCUCGCCGAAACUGCUGAAAGUGUUCAGAUAUAACUCUACAAUACUAAAACUUACCCAAUAGGCAGGCUUUAUUGGCAAAAGGUUCCUAUUCCUAUAUCCUUAUUCCAUCCACUGACUUUUACCACGUGUAAAUUGCUAUACAAUACUUACAUAGUGCAACUAUAUUCGCCAAUAUAUGUAAUUGCUUCCUUGGAAAAGUUGUAACCGCAAUGCGCAAAUGCGGUAUUCAAAGAAAAACAUUAAAAUCCUGUCAGAUGAACUUAUAACCUACUCCUUUUUAGGUCAGAUAAAUAUAGGCAAGGUCGGGGAACAAGCGUUGUUCAAUUAUUGGUUCCGUAAAAGAACAAUACAUAUUUAAAUCAUAGUAUAAAAGUAAAGUGUUUCACUACUACGUCACAGUGAUCGUAGUCAUGUUGUGGCUCGUGGUCGCUUUGGUGGCCCUUUUGUGGUGGACAUAUACUCGGCAUUCAGACAGGUUCAAGGAAGUGUCUAGCAAAAUAAAAUGUAGUAUCAAAGCUUACCCGGUUUUGGGACAUGCGUAUUUGUUUGCGAUGCAAGAUGGGACAAGUCGUAUGAGGUAUUUCCAAAUGUUCGGUCGUGAAGCUAUCAAAAAUGGAGGUCUCACUAACCUAUGGUUGGGGGAGAAAUACUACGUUGUUGUUGUAGAUCCAGUUGAUCUGGACGUCAUUAUGAAGGCUUCAUUAGAAAAGGAUGAAAUAAUGCGAUUCGCGAGAAACUUUAUUGGUAACGGGAUUAUAUUUGCACCGUUGCCAAUAUGGCGUCCCCGUCGCAAGAUUCUGGCGCCGACCUUCAGUCCCAAGAACUUGAACAACUUCGUGAAGAUCUUCUCCCAGCAGAGCAGUGUGAUGGCUGACAAGCUUCAGGACGAGGAGGGCAAGGGCCCGUGCUCUGUGUGGAAGUAUCUGAAUACUUAUGCUAUGGAUUCUGUAUGCGAAACAGCACUGGGUGUGAAAGUGAACGCUCAGAAGAACACAGAAGAGCCAUUCAUGAAGGCUUUCGAGGAGACUUGCCGUUUAAUAGCCAUGCGCAUGGUGCAGCCCUGGCUGUAUCCCAACGCUGUGUACCGACUACUGCCGUAUCAUGCCAACUUUGAAGAGUGCAAGCGAAUCGUAUGCGGCUUUAUCGAUAAGAUAAUCAAGUCAAAACGAAAAACUAUAAAAGAAGACGCUGAACUAAAAAAAGGUCCAAAUGACAUAAAUACAUUCUUGGAGUUAAUAACUGAGGCAUCGGGUGGUGACCGGGGGUACUCCGACGAGGAGUUGCAGGAGGAGACCCUGGUGUUGGUGGUCGCUGGGACUGACACCUCCGCAGUGGGAGCAUGCUUCACUAUAUGCAUGCUUGCCAGGCAUCCUGAUGUACAGGAGCGGGCGUGUGAGGAGCUACAUGAAGUAUUUGGCGAUUCCGACAGACCUUUGACGAGCGAAGACCUGCCUCGCCUGAAGUACUUAGAUGCAGUUGUCCGGGAAACACUCCGGCUGUACCCUCCUGUGCCACUCAUUGUCAGGACUGUUGAGAAGGAGAUACAACUUCCUUCAGGAGUAACAUUAGUCCCUGGUUGUGGAGUUCUGGUCCACAUCUGGGGCACGCACCGCAACCCCCAGUACUGGGGAGACGACGCCGAUCAGUUCCGACCGGAACGGUUUCUGGAGACGCUCAAACAUCCCGCUGCAUUCAUACCCUUUAGUUAUGGACCUAGGAACUGUCUUGGAUAUCAGUACGCCAUGAUGUCAAUGAAGACAGCUGUAGCGACAAUCUUACGGAAGUAUAGAAUCUCGAUGCCUGGCUCUAAACAAAAUGGCGUCAACGUCGCUGACACUCCGAUGACAGUUAGUUUCGACAUCAUGAUGAAAGAUGUCGACAGGUUUACUGUGCAGUUGGAGAAAAGAACGAAGUGAAAUACGAAGAAAAUGUAAUACGAAGAUAUGUAUAAGUAGUGUUUAAUGUUUAAUAUUUUAAGGUGUUUAUAUAGUUCUGGAAAAAUGAA